UUUGGUGAUAGGCAAAAUGAAGAUAAUGAAGAAUUUUUGCCAACUGGAGAGACCACCAUAGACUCCUACCCAAACUGGUUAAAAUUCCACAUUGGCAUUAAUCGGUACGAGCUGUAUUCCAGGCAUAACCCUGCGAUCGAGGCUUUACUGCAAGACCUGGUCUCCCAGAAGAUAACCAGCGUCGCGAUGAAAUCAGGAGGCACCCAGCUGAAGCUGAUCAUGACGUUCCAGAACUAUGGACAAGCAUUGUUCAAACCCAUGAAACAAACCAGGGAACAAGAAACCCCGCCUGACUUUUUUUAUUUCUCAGACUAUGAAAGACAUAAUGCAGAAAUAGCAGCAUUUCAUUUGGACAGGAUCCUGGAUUUCCGCCGCGUGCCGCCGGUUGCCGGCAGGCUGGUUAACAUGACGAGAGAGAUCCGGGACGUCACCCGGGACAAGAAACUCUGGAGAACGUUUUUCAUCUCACCAGCCAACAACAUCUGUUUCUAUGGGGAAUGCUCCUACUACUGCUCCACGGAGCACGCCCUGUGUGGGAAGCCGGACCAGAUCGAGGGCUCUCUGGCCGCUUUCCUGCCCGAUUUGUCUUUAGCUAAAAGGAAAACCUGGAGAAACCCCUGGAGACGCUCCUACCACAAGCGCAAGAAAGCAGAAUGGGAAGUUGAUCCAGAUUACUGUGAAGAGGUUAAACAAACACCUCCGUAUGACAGUGGGACCAGAAUUCUGGAUAUAAUGGAUAUGACAGUUUUUGAUUUCCUAAUGGGUAACAUGGAUCGACAUCACUACGAAACCUUUGAGAAGUUCGGAAAUGAAACAUUUAUUAUCCACUUAGAUAACGGAAGAGGGUUUGGAAAAUAUUCCCAUGAUGAACUUUCCAUAUUGGUGCCUUUAAACCAGUGCUGCAGAAUAAGGAAGUCCACCUAUCUGCGAUUACAGCUGUUAGCCAAGGAGGAAUACAAGCUCAGUCUCUUGAUGAAGGAAUCUUUACUCAAAGAUAAAAUCGCUCCCGUUCUCUAUGAGCCUCACCUGGAGGCGAUGGACCGGCGGCUGCGGAUUGUCCUCAAGGCUGUUAGUGACUGCAUAGAGAAGGAUGGUUAUGACAAUGUGGUGGAAAAUGACUUUAACGCUGAUGUUAACACUGUUGCGACCGAGAGGUAGUGAAAUGGCAGGACUACGUUUUUACCAGCCGAGUAACGAAGAUUCAAAAAGGAAAAAAAAAAAAAAAACGUAAAAAAAAAAAAAAGUCUUGCAAAAGACUGUAUAUGCCACUUUGUGAAUUCAGUGAAUUCAGAAAUGAGAUAUAAUUGUUCCCAAAGUAGGUAAAGUGUAGACUCUGCAAAGGCUUAGUUCAUUAAGAAAAAUAAUGUGAUGCUUUUCCUUAGUUCCUAAAGAGAGAUUAUGAAGAGUUUCAGAUCACGGACAGACACCAGUCCUGCAGCCAAACACCUCCUGUCCUUUUUGUAUAGAAGGGAGGCCUUUACUUAAUAUUUUGUAUUUAUAUAUGGUAUAUCUAUGAAACCCCAGACCUACCUACCAAAUUUAACUAAGAGGGACGGCAUAGUUCUGUGACUCACACUUUAUUUGUGGUGACGGUCCACUUAGUACUUUGUGUUAACCCUUUAAGUGCUCUAAUCCACUGUAUCUUAUUUAAAUUGAAUGCUUUUUUCCCCCCCUCCCAGCUACUCAGCAUUUAAAGGGUUAAGGCAUUAUGAACUUUUAAAGGCAAAAAAUAAUAAUUAUUAUAAUAAUAAACAGUGGUUACCGGAAGGGAAUGUCACUAAUUGUGCAUUGACAGGAAUACUUGAAUGUUGGUUUUACAAAGUGAUGUAAAAUGACAAGUUGUACUAUUUGUCCAUAAGGAGGUGGCAGCUCUUAUCUUUCUAGACUAUCAUAGCCGAGCUGCUGCUUCUCAACUUUGCUUUUGAUAGUUUUGUGUAAAUAUAUACAUAUAUGGGUAAAAAAGCUGCUUUCGGCAGCUCUAGGCUUACUUUUGCAGCAUUUUUGUGGAAUUGUUUGCGACGUGGUAAAAGUGCAAUAAAGAUAUGGCAAAACGUGUA